AAUGGCACAUUGGUGAUCCUUACUGGACUGGCUAAAUUUAUCCUCGUUGAUUAGCUGAAGGAAAAUGGCUGCGGCUGCUGCCGCGGCUGCGGCCGCCACCCAGGUCAUCAUGGAUGACACUCCUCCUCAACAUCGUCCCUCUCACAUUGCCCUCAGAGACUCCCCAAGAGAGAGUGACGGAAAUACAAGCUUCUUGCGAGCAGCAAGAGAUGGGAACUUGUCUGAAGUGCUGGAGUACCUUAAGGGCAGCACCGACAUCAACACCAGUAAUGCUAAUGGCCUGAAUGCCCUCCAUCUGGCCUCAAAGGAAGGCCAUGUGAACAUUGUGACUGAGCUGCUCAGGAGAGGGGCCAACAUUGAAGCCGCCACAAAGAAAGGGAACACAGCAUUACACAUUGCUUCCCUCGCAGGACAAGAGGAAGUGGUGAAAAUCCUGGUCCAGAAUGGAGCCAAGGUCAACGCCCAAUCCCAAAAUGGAUUCACCCCCCUGUACAUGGCAGCCCAGGAGAACCAUGCAGAGGUGGUUAAAUACCUGCUGGCCAAUAGCGCUAGUCCCAGCCUGGCCACAGAGGAUGGUUUCACCCCACUGGCUGUGGCCCUCCAACAGGGCCAUGAGAAAGUUGUGGCUGUCUUACUGGAACAUGACACAAAGGGCAAAGUUCGUCUCCCUGCUCUGCACAUUGCAGCCAAGAAGGAUGACACCAAAUCUGCAGCCCUCCUGAUACAGAAUGAACAGAACUCUGUGGAUGUGACCACAAAGGGAGGUGGGCUGGUCAAUGACACUACCAAGAGUGGAUUCACCCCUCUUCACAUUUCCUCGCACUAUGGCAAUUACAAAGUGGCCUCACUACUCAUUGAGAAGGGAGCAGAUGUCAACUACAAAGCCAAGAACAAUAUCACUCCUCUGCAUGUGGCUGCGAGAUGGGGAAAGUCUGACAUGGUAGUGCUACUUAUAAAGCAUGGUGGCAACUACGAAGAAAAGACCAGGGAUGGCCUCACCCCCUUGCACUGUGCCUCGCGGAGUGGCUUUGAAAGUGUUGUGGACACUUUGCUUGAGACCGGGGCCUCCUACUCUGCCAAGACCAAGAAUGGACUGACCCCUCUGCACAUGGCUGCCCAAGGUGACCACGUAGACUGUGCCAGACUUUUGCUAUACCAUCAUGCACCAGUUGAUGAAGUGACAGUGGACUACCUGACCCCUCUCCAUGUGGCUGCCCACUGUGGCAAUGUGAAGACAGCCAAGCUAUUACUGGAUCGCAAGUGUGAUGCCAAUGCCAGGGCUCUGAACGGCUUCACUCCGCUUCACAUUGCCUGUAAGAAGAACCGCAUCAAGGUCGUAGAGCUAUUGCUGAAGCAUGGAGCCUCCAUUGAAGCCACUACUGAGUCUGGCCUGACCCCACUGCACGUGGCCUCCUUUAUGGGACACAUGAACAUCGUCAUUUACCUGAUACAACACAAUGCCAAUCCAGACUUCCAGACAGUCCGUGGGGAAACAGCGCUCCACCUGGCAGCUCGGGCCAACCAAUCAGAUAUCAUUCGUAUCCUGCUGCGGAACAAUGCCACUGUGGACGCAAGAGCAAGGGAACAACAAACCCCUCUUCACAUUGCUGCCCGUCUGGGAAAUGUGGACAACGUGGACCUUCUCCUGAACCAUGGGGCAUCUCCAGAUGCUGCCACCAAGGACAUGUACACACCUCUGCACAUUGCUGCCAAGGAGGGUCAUGAGGAGGUGGCAUCUGUGCUGCUGGACAAGGGAGCCUCACUCAACACAGCCACUAAGAAAGGGUUCACCCCUCUGCACAUUGCUGCCAAGUAUGGUAACAUCAAAGUGGCCCGACUCCUGCUACAGAAAGAGGCUAACCCUGACGUACAGGGGAAGAAUGGACUGACCCCGCUACAUGUAGCCACUCACUACAACCAUGUCAAUGUGGCUGUGUUGUUGUUGGAGAAUGGGGCCUCCCCACACUCUACAGCCAAGAAUGGCUACACCCCAUUACACAUUGCUGCCAAGAAGAAUGAGAUGGACAUUGCCACCACCCUGCUGGAGUAUGGGGCCAAACCAGAUGCUGAGUCAAAGAAUGGCUUCACCCCAUUGCACCUGGCCUCUCAGGAGGGACACACUGAUAUGGUGUCCCUCCUCCUGGAACACAAGGCCGAUGUCAAUGCCAAGGCUCAGAAUGGACUCACCCCUCUCCACUUGGCUGCCCAGGAAGAUCGUGUGAAUGUCGCAGAAUGUCUGGUCAAAUAUGGCAGUUCCAUUGACCCCCAAACAAAGGCUGGCUACACCCCACUGCACACAGCUUGUCAUUUCGGUCAGACAAACAUGGUGAGGUAUCUUCUGGACCACGGUGCUUCUGUCAGCUCCACAACAAGGCUUGGCUACACUCCACUUCACCAGGCUGCUCAACAGGGCCAUGUAAUGGUUGUCUCCGAACUCCUCAAACACAAGGCCUCACCCAAUGCUGUCACCAAUACUGGUCAAACCCCACUAUCGAUUGCCCAGAAGCUUGGUUACAUUUCUGUUGUGGAAGUUCUCAAGAAUGUGACUGAAGUGACUGAUACAGUACCUACGUCAGAAGACAAGUACAAAGUUGUCUCCCCUGAAACCAUGCAAGAAACUCUUCUGUCAGAUUCAGAGGAUGAAGGAGGUGAUGAUUUCAUGCCGCAGUCACCAUUAUUUGGCAAACCACUAUCGGAACAACAUGUUUACUUGCCCUACUAUGAGGGACAGAAGCUACAGACGCGUGAGGACUCGCUGGUUGUGGAAAAAGGGGACUACAUUUCCUCGCAGCUGGACCAGGUCCCAGACAAGGCGGACGAAAUUCACUUGAGAGCCCAUACCGAAGAUUCGCGCCGUCGCAUGAAAAGCGACUUUGGCGCCUCCCUGGAGUAUCCGUCAUAUUUGGAGAAGUCUCCCGAUUAUGAAUCAGAAAUGCGCUACUACAGCGGUGACACCCUUUCUCCCCGUAGCAGGGACUUGUCCGACACUCGUGACAGCACAAUGGGCAGGGAUAGCCUGUUCUCCUCCGAUUACUCCUCUAUGCCCCUAGAUAGUAGCCGGGAUGGCACUAUGGGAAGGGACAGCGUUUUCGCAACUGAUUAUUCCGAGAAAAACUUGAGAAAUGGACAUGGGUCCGAAAUUGAAAUCAGGCCAGCAGACGAACUAGAAUAUGAUGAUGAGUUUAGAUACCUACAUGAAGAUGCAGCUUUGAGAAAGAAAGCAGAAAGUCUGUAUGCAGUCGAUUCUCGUAAAUCCUUCCGUAAUGGACAAGGGGAAGCCCCUAUAUAUCGAGAAUCAGAGUUUGGUGUUUCGAGCCCCCUUUACGGGCGAGGAGUGAUCUAUCAAGGAGACCUGCAAGACACUUAUUCAGGCAAUUUUAACGAGGACUUCAAAUAUUUACCUGAUGACUCAAUUCCUAUUAGAAAGGGUGUUCAGUCUGACUUCAUCGAGGCCCACAUGGCUCCCCCAUCAUAUGCCUCAGUCCAGGGCUAUGCUCCAGGAGGACGCACUCUAGGGGAAUCCAAGAUGGCCGAGGAUUCCCGCUAUAGCUCCUAUAGCGGAUCCUCCUUCAACACCAGCUUUGAUCCUGACAAUGUGGCCAUUGAUCGCACUCCAAUCUACUCAGGCAAGCUUAAAUGGAAAAGCUUUUUGGUGAGUUUCAUGGUUGAUGCACGGGGAGGCGCUAUGCGAGGCUGCCGUCAUUCCGGGGUUCGGGUCAUCAUUCCACCACGCAAGGCUUCCAUGCCCACCCGGGUGACCUGCAAGCUCGUCAAGAAAGAGAAGCUGUCCCACCCCCCUCCCCUGAUGGAGGGAGAGGCACUGGCCAGCCGAAUCCUCGAGAUGGGACCAGUGGCAACCCAAGUUUCUUGGGUGAACCUGUCCAUCAUUGAGGUGCCACAUUUUGCCUCUCUGAGAGGGAAGGAGCGCGAGAUAGUGAUCCUGCGUAGUGACAAUGGAGAGAGCUGGUAUGAGCACCCAAUGCAGGCUACAGAGGAGAUGGUCAACGAAACACUCAGCGGCUCCUUUGAAGAACUUGACCAGCUAGAAGAGCUUCAGGCCAAGAGGAUCUGCCGCAUCAUGACAUCAGAUUUCCCCCAGUAUUUCGCUAUUGUCAGUCGUAUCCGACAGGAAAACAGCAAUAUUGGUUUGGAGGGUGGUAUGCUGAGCUCAACAGUGGUGCCCCAGGUGCAGGCUGUUUUCCCCAAUGGUGCUCUUACAAAGAAGAUCAAAGUUGGCCUACAGGCCCAGGCCAUAUCCCCUGAACUGGUGGCCAAGCUACUGGGUAACCGAGUGGCAGUCAGCCCCAUAGUCACGGUGGAGCCGCGGAGACGGAAAUUCCACCAGCCCAUAACCCUGACUAUUCCAGUGCCCAAGGCUGCUCAGAAAGGAAUGAUAAACCAGUACGGUGGCGACGCUCCAACUCUUCGGCUUCUCUGCAGCCUCUCCGGUAAGCGUGGUUUAACCCCAGCAGAAUGGGCAGACAUCACAAAACAGACAGAGCUUACAUUUGUUAACGAUUGUGUUACCUUCACCACAUCUGUGUCAGCCAGGUUUUGGCUAAUGGACUGUCAGAAUGUCAAUGAUUCUGCCAAGAUGGCUACAGAGCUGUACAAGGAGGCCAUCGCUGUCCCAUUCAUGGCCAAGUUUGUGGUGUUUGCCAAACGGCAUGCCCAGGAGGAAGGACGGUUGCGAAUGUUCUGUAUGACUGAUGACAAGAUGGACAAAACCCUGGAGAGACAAGAGCACUUCUCAGAAGUGGCACGGAGCAGAGAUGUAGAGGUGUUGGAGCAUAAGCCCCAGUACAUAGAAAUGGCUGGUAACCUCAUUCCUGUGACCAAGUCAGGAGAUCAGCUAUACAUCAACUUCCGAGGGUUCCGAGAGAAUCGGUUACCAUGCACUGUUAGGAUCAGAGACCUGGACCAGGAGCCAGCAGCUCGGGUCGCCUUUAUGAAGGAACCCAAGGUGGCCAGAGGGGACAUACCACAAUCUCCCAUCUGUAAUCUCAACAUUGUACUGCCAGAUAUCAUCAAGUCGGAUUCCAUGGAAAUGAACUCAGAGGAAGCUAAGGAACUGAGGAAACGUUAUUCUGCCCUCAGAGAACAUGGGCUAGUAUUAAAAGACACAGUGAGUCGUGCCCAGAUGAAGUUGACUGAUGUUGCUGACACAUUACAAGGGGACUGGGUGAUCCUUGCCCAGCAGCUAGACAUCUCCAUGUCAGAAAUCAACAAGAUUAAGACAGAGUACGAGACUGUAAGUGACCAAGCUCUUGCCAUGCUACACCUGUGGGUGGAGAAGAACGGGGAUAGAGCCACAGGAAAUGAACUUGAAAAAGCUUUAAUUAGGAUAAAUAGAGAAGAUGUUGUCAGGAAAUGUAUGUACAAUGUGGAGAGAGUGGAUGAUGAAGUGGAGGCUGCUGCUGCCAGAGUAGCCAUGGACCAAUCAGGUUUUGACACAUUUAGAGAAGAAGUUGGUAUUUCAAGAGAUUCUUCCAUGAAAAGAGGCAUUUCGCUAGAUGUGUCAUAUGAUGAGCAAGAUAUGAUCAAGGAAUCUGAAUCUGCAGCAGAAGAAUCCAGUACAAGUGAUGGGGAAGGUGUUGACAAAAAAGACCGGCAUGCUGGUCUUCCGUCAGCCUUGAGAAGUCAGGAGAUAGAAGAGGACGCAUUCAGGAAGGCCGAUACCGGAAUUAUCCCUCCCCAUGCUGUCGGGGAGGGAGAUGAGACCAUCGUCCCAGAGGUGGAUGACCGAAGACCAGUCGCCGGAGCACACGAAGAUGAAGAGGCAGCAGCUUCCGACAAGAGAAAAGUGGCGUACAGUGAACUCAUAGCCAAGAUGGACGAGGUGAUGGAUGAACAGGAGCGACAUCGAGGGAAAACUGACGAUGACAAAGUUGAGAAAAGGAUUUCUGUGGCUGAAGAACAUCUUGUUCCAAUGGAGGAUGUCCGGGAACGAGAUCUGUAUCAGAGGGUGGUGGCUCUGGAGCAGGCAGACCUUGAUUCAGGUCACAGGAAGAUGUCUUCUGACACUACUGCUCAGGAAGGACCUUUAACACGUCUGUCUUCUGAGGACAUUUCAGAGAAAGUUUGUGAAAGAGAGGAAGAAACAGAUUUUGGUGUUAAAGCAACCACUUUUAAAGAAAAACUGGAAGAAUCAACUGAACAUACAGAGAAGCAUGUCACCUUUGAAGAGAAUCGCUUCUCCACAGAGGAAAAUCAAGAUAGGCUUUCUUAUCUUCAAGACCAGAGAGUUCAGGUUGACUUUACUGAUAGAGAAGAUCUUUUUGAUCAAAGAGACAUCACUGAGGGUUAUACUGAGAAGUAUAGUAGAGUGUAUAGUGAAGAAACAGAAGCAUCUGUUAAUUUGCAACGACGUGAUGAGGAAAAGCAAGGGUUGGAGGAAAAGCUAAUGUUUCAGCAAGAAACUUUGGGACCUGAUGUUUCUGAAAAACUAGAAGAAUCAAUUUCUAAAUUUGAAGAAUCUGGCACAAGUGAAAAGGAAGUCGUAAUGUUUGAGUACAAUAAAAGACAAGAAUCAGAUGUUCUGGAGGAAGUUAAAUACACUGCUACUAAUGAUACAGAGUUGGAAGAACCUUUGAUUCCUGUAGAACACCGACAAGACAUUUCUGAGGAACCAGAAGAGGGUUCGGUUUCUCCGGCAGAAGAAACAGAGCCAUCAGGUACAGCUGAACAAGCAGACAAACUUCCAGUUUCAGUUGAGGAAGAGGAACCAUCUCCUGAUAAGCCUGAAGAAUCCCUAGAUGUGAGUGAUAAGUCUGAAGAGGCUUCUGUCAUCUCUGGUACAGAGCAAGAAGAACUCCCAAAGCUUGAAGAACUGUCUGCUUCAGAUGAAGAAGCAGCUGUUAUUUCUAUAGAGCAAGAGGAACAGCUUCCAGUUUCAGACAAGGAACUUGAAGAACUGCCAGCUUCAUAUGAAGAAUUGCCAGAUGCAUAUGAAGAAGCAGCUGUAGAGGAACAGGAAAACCUUCCAGAUUCAGCCCAGAUACCUGAAGAACUACCUGUUUCUGAUGAAGCAGCAGUUGUCAUUUCUACAGAAGAAGAGGAAAAACCUCUAGUUUUAUCCCAGGAACUUGAUGAAUCCCCAGUUUCAGAUGAUGAGGCAGUUGUGGUCUGUGCAGAAGAUGAAAAACUUUCAGUUUCAGCCAAGGAACCUGAAGAGCUACCUGUUACAGAUCAGGAAGCAGUUGUCAUUUCUGGAAAGGAAGAGGAAAAACUUUCAGUAUCAGCCCAGGAUCCUAAAGAACUAACAGUUUCUGAUGAAGAAGCAGCUGCCAUUUGUGCAGAAGAUGAAAAACUUUCAGUUUCAAUCCAGGAACCUGAAGAAGCAACAGUUUCUGAUGAUGAAUCAGCUGCCAUUUCUGCAGAGGAGGAGGAAAAACGUUCAGUUUCAGCCCAGGAACCUGAAGAACUGCCUGCUUCUGAUGAAGAAGCAGUUGUCAUUUCUACAGAAGAAGAGGAAAAGCCUCUAGUUUUAGCCCAGGAACUUGAUGAAUCCCCAGUUUCAGAUGAUGAGGCAGUUGUCGUUUCUGCAGAAGAUGCAAAACUUCCAAUUUCAGCCAAGGAACCUGAAGAAUUACCAGUUGCAGAUCAGGAAGCAGUUGUCAUUUCUGGAAAGGAAGAGGACAAACUUUCAGUAUCAGCCCAGGAUCUUAAAGAACUAACAGUUUCUGAUGAAGAAGCAGCUGUCAUUUGUGCAGAAGAUGAACAAUUUUCAGUUUCAAUCCAGGAACCUGAAGAAGCAACAGUUUCUGAUGAUGAAGCAGCUGCCAUUUCUGCAGAGGAGGAGGAAAAACGUUCAGUUUCAGCUCAGGAACCUGAAGAACUGCCUGCUUCUGAUGAAGAAGCAGUUGUCAUUUCUACAGAAGAAGAGGAAAAGCCUCUAGUUUUAGCCCAGGAAUUUGAUGAAUCCCCAGUUUCAGAUGAUGAGGCAGUUGUGGUCUGUGCAGAAGAUGAAAAACUUUCAGUUUCAGCCAAGGAACCUGAAGAGCUACCUGUUACAGAUCAGGAAGCAGUUGUCAUUUCUGGAAAGGAAGAGGAAAAACCUCCAGUUUUAGCCCAGGAACCUGAUGAAUCCCCUGUUUCUGAUGAUGAGGCCAUCGUUUCUGCAGAAGAUGAAAAACUUCCAGUUUCAGCCAAGGAACCUGAAGAACUACCAGUUGCAGAUCAGGAAACCGCCGUCAUUUCUGGAAAGGAGAAAGAAAAACUUUCAGAUUCAGCCCAGGAACCUGAAGAACUGCCUGCCUCUGAUGAAGAAGCAGUUGUUAUUUCUACAGAAGAAGAGGGAAAACCCCCGAUUUUAGCCCAGGAACUUGAUGAAUCAACAGGUUCAAAUGAUGAAGGAGCUGUCGUUUCUGUAAAAGAUGCAAAACUUCCAGUUUCAACUGAGGAACCUGAAGAACUACCUGUUUCAGAUCAGGAAGCAGUUGUCGUUUCUGUGGAGGAAGAGAAAACACUUUCAGCCCAGGAUCUUGAAGAACUAACUGAUUCUGAUGAAGAAGCAGCUGCAGAAGAUGAAACACUUCCAGUUUCCAUCCAGGAACCUAGAGAAGUAACAGUGUCAAGUGAUGUUUCAGCUCAGAAACUUGAAGCACUACCGGCAGUUUCUGAUGAAGACGCAGCUGUCAUUGCUGCAGAGGAAAGGGGGGAAUUUUCAGUUUCAGCCCAGGAAGCUGAAAAGAUUGUUUCUCAUGAAGAAGCAGCGGACAUUCCUGCAGAAGAGGAAAAGUUUUCAGUUUCAAUCCAGGAACGUGAAGAACUACCCGUUUCUGAUGAAGCAGCAGCUGUUGUUUCUGAAGAGGAAGAGGAAAAACUUUCAGAUUCAGCCCAGGAACCUGAAAAACUAACUGUUUCUGAUGAAGAAGCAGGUAUCAUUGCUGCAGAAGGAGAGGAAAAACCUCCCGUUUCAGCUCGGGUACAAGAACUUUCAUCAGUUGAUGAACAGUUGUCAGAACAUGACAUUUAUGACUCAGCUGUGUUGGCUGAAGAACGUCAGCUAGAACGAUUUCCUGAUAAAAUAGCUUCUGAACAGGAAGAAUAUAUGGAGCCAGCUGCUAGGGACAUUACAUCAGAAUUAGACACCAUGCAGCCAACAGGCACCAGCGGGGAUUUACAUGCAGAGGAAUUGUUAGCCCCCACAGUGGAUGACAGAAGACCUGUCGCUGCUAUAGAGAGUGGCUCCAAAGUCCUUUUGGAGGAAAAUGCUGAAGCCUUUGAGAAUUUGAUAGAAAAUCUUCAAGAUAUGAUGAAGGAUUUGGAGGAGACUGAGAUAGAAGAGGAUAGGCAUUCUGUGGCUGAGGACAAGGUGAUUAGCAUUGAGCGGGAACGUCCGUCCACAGACGAAGUCUUCACAAAAUUACAGCACAUGCAACAAGAAGCGCCAUGCGUGCCUCCCUCACAAUCUUCCAGCGAGAGCUCAAUGGUGUAUAAAGGCGAACCAGCUGAUUCUGAAGAAGGUGUGAGAACUCCUCCCCCAAGCCCAACUGAGCAGGAGAAGAUGGAAGAGGAAACAGAAACUACGGAUGAGGUAACAGAGAUAGAGGAGGUAUACCAGGUCUCUGAUGAUGGAGAGACUUGGAAAACCAUCCGUAAAGUAACCACGAUUACACCAAAAGGGACCACUGAGAGGGUGGAGGUUCUCAAAGAGGAGCGUAUUAUCAGCGAGUCACGUGCAGAAGAGGCCUUUGCAAGGGUGUCUGAGGAAGAGUACAGGGAGCCUGGCAGAGACAUGGCUGCUCGCGAGACGGAGCGAGUAAUGGAGUAUAAGGAAACCUCUAGCCAGGAAGAAUACAAAGUAACUGAAGAAGAGGAAGUAGUGAAAGCAGGUGAGGAUGAACCCUUCCCAGAACAACCCUCGGCUGUCCCUGAACCAGAAAUGCCUCCUCACAUUUUUGAUUCCUUGCUCGAAGUAGAGCAAGGUAAACAACAUUCCAUCUUUGCUCAAGACACCAGCUUUCCAAAAGAUCUUACUGAAACCACCAUAGGUUCUGAAUUACAACCUUCCGAACCUGCUUUCUCUGAUACAAUGGCUAGGGUUGCUGCAGGAGAGUUAGACAAGGAAGAGGCUGUCAUGGCUCUAGAAACCAUUCCCACAGAGGAGAUUGGACAGAAUCAAAAGACGGAUUUUUUUGAGGCUGAGGAACAUCAGACUGGUGAACUAGAUCAGGAAUCGUCUAGACAAUAUUCACCGGAAGAACUUGAAGAAAGGAUUCCAGCUCAGCAGCAAGAGAUCCAGCAUGAAGUGAAAUCAGCAAAACAUGUUGCAUUUGAGCUGUCUUCAACUUAUGAGACUAAAUAUGAAUCAGAUGAUCAUUACGAAAUAACACAAUCAUCUGUGGAGCAAUUUGAGACCAGUGAAACAAGGAUGUCACAGGAGGCAAGCAUAGGAGUAACAGAGACAUUGACACCAGAAAGUCCUAUAUCUCCUGAAACUGAAAUGAAGGGAACAGAACAGUUUGCUGAAAUACAGGAAUCUCCAUCAGGUGAUUUUGUGUCUGUUCCAGAGACCAAAGACAAUGUGAUAUUUGAAAAAACUGAAUUUCCUGAAAUUUUAGAACAGGCAACUCCUGCUGUUGGCACAGACCUUGAGCAUUUUUUGCAAAAAGUAGAAGAAACAAACUUUGAAGUUACAGACCUUGAAUCUAAACAACCAGAAGCAUCUGGCAUGGACUUGCAAGACUCGGAGACAAGCUAUGUUUCUAACCAACCAGACAAAGCUGAACCUAUCCAAGAUGAAAAUUCUAUACAAAAGCAACAAGAGACAGAAGAAUUUGAGGAACUUGAAGAUGACCAGUUUGUUCUGGCUCCAGAAUCAGAAGAACCACCUGAAAAAGAAAUCAUUCCAGAAUCACUUUAUUCCAGUCUUCACUUGGACCAAGACUUAACUGAACGGGUAAUUAAGGAUGAACCAGACCAAAGAGAUAUUUUGAAAGAAGGCACUCAUGUGGACCAAGAAGUAGAGGGAGCUGAACGUGGAACAAAACCUAUGACAGAUGAGUCUCCAGUCAUGGAAUCUAUACCAGCUGAGGAAUUACAAUCUGGUUUGGAAGAUUUUUCAGGCCGAGAGGACGAUCAUUCAGAAGCAACCAUUUCUAUUCACUCUUCUGUGGAGUCAAAGUCACAAACUAGUCUUCUGGAUUUGGAUGUAGAGCAUUCUAUGCUAGAAGACACUGAAGAUAAGAAAUAUGGUAUAGAAACCUCGGAAGUGCGUCAAGAAGUUUUAGGAGAAUUAGAGGAGUCAAGUGACCAGUUUGUUCCCAAACAGGAUGAAAAACGUAUUGAGAAAUUUGCAGAAGAAGAACAAGCCAUAGAGAAUGGUUUUGUGGAUGAAGACCUAUGGAAGAUCAAGCAAGAUGAAAAGGACAGCUCAAAACAUCAGAGGGAAAUCUUGUUUUUGGAGGGACAAGAACAAACCUCUGUUCAAGAGUUACUGGAAAAAAAAUCAAUCAUUGAUGAAGAAGAAUCAAUGAAGUCAGAGGAAUACACUUCUGAGGCAUCAGCUGCAGAAAAAGUUGAAGAGGAACCAUUCACACCAGAGGUGGAACAAAUUUUAGACAGACAUUUAAUUCAGGAAGAAACUAUCGUGGAUGAAAUUAUUGUUAAAAAGACACCUGUCAUAGAUGGUCUUGAGGAAAAACCAGUCCUGGAAGAACUUGAGACAAAGAGAGUCUUGGAAGAGGAGAUUGAUGAAGGACUUGAGGGAAAGCAGGUCUUUGGAGAAGAAUAUGAACAGAAACUGGUCACUAAAGAACGUGAAGAAACUGACAUUGAAGGGAAAGUUGUUGAAGAAACUUCAGCCAUGAUGGAAUUUGAGGAAAAGCUAGUAAUGGAUGAAGAAAUUGAACAGAAACCAGUUAGUGAAGAGCUUGAGAAAACUGUCUCAAGUGAAGAGAUUAUUGAAAAAAGAGUAAUUAUGGAAGAAUUUGAGGAAAUGCCAGUCGUGGAUGAACAGUUUGAACAUAAGCCAGUAACAGAAAAACGUGAGGAAACUGUGAUGGAAGAGGAAGCUGUUGAAGAAAUUAAAACCUUGGAAGAGCCUGAGCAAAAACAAGUCAUGGAUGUGGAAACUGGACAGGAAAAAACUACCCUGGGACAGCAAGUCGUAGAACCUGUUAUGGAAGAGCUUGAGGAAAUCUUCCCUGAAGAGGAUAUCAUUGAAAAAACUUCAGUCCAGGAAGAAUUUGAGACAAAGCCAGUCAUGGAUGAAGAAAUUGAAGAGAAGUCAGUCAUACAAAAUCUUGAGGAGGAAAUUGUGCCUAAAGAGGAAGCUGUUGAAGAACAUGAGGAAAAAUUAAUCAUGAAUGUGGAAUUUGAGCAAACUGAGCGAGAAGAGAAGGCUGUUGAAGAAACACUUAUCAUGCAGGAACUUCAGGAAGAGCCAGUAAUGGAAGAAUUUGAACAGAAACCUGUGACUGAAGACCUUGAAGAAACUGUCAUAGAAGAGGAUGUCAUAAGGGCAGAAUUUGAUGAAAAACCUUUCAUGGAUGAAGAGUUUGAACAGAAACCAGUGACAGAAAAACUUGAAGAAACUGUCCUGGAAGAAGAUGUUGCUGAAGAAACACAGAUCAUGGAAGAACAUGAGGAAAAACAAGUUGUGUUUGUGGAAUUUGAGCAAACAGAUCAGGUAGAGAAGGCUCAUGAAGAAACAACCGUCAUGAUAGAAUUUGAAGAAAGAACAGCCCUGGAAGAAGAACUUGAACAGAGACCAGUCAUGGAAGGAAUUGUGGAAAGUGUUCAAGAAGACCAGGUUGUUGAAGAGAUACCAGUCAUGGAUGAAGAACUUGAACAGAAACCAGUCACAGAAGAGCCUGAGAAAACUGUCUUGGAAGAGGAGGUUGAAGAAACACCAAUCAUGGCAGAAUUUGAAGAAAAGACAGUCAUGGAUGAAGAGAUUGAACAGAAACCGGUCACAGAAGGACUAGAAGAAACUGUCCUGGGAGAGCCGUUUGAAAAAACACCAAUUACCGAAGAACUGGAAGAAAAGCCAGUCGUUGAUGAAGAGAUUGAACAGAAACCAGUCACAGAAGGACUAGAAGAAACUGUCCUGGAAGAGAAGGUUGAAGGAAGACCAAUUGUGGAUGAAUUUAAAGAAAAAUCCAUUAUGGAUGAAGAGUUAGAACAAAAACCAGUCACAGAACGAUUACAAGAAACUGUCCUGGAAAAGACGGUUGAAGAGAUACCAAUCAUGGAAGGACUGGAAGAAAAGUCAGUCAUGGGUGAAGAGAUUGAAGAGAAACCAGUCCGGGAAGGACAAGAAGAAACUGUCCUGGAAGAAAAAGUUGAAGAAACACCAAUUAUGGCAGAAUUUGAAGAAAAGCCAGUCAUGGAUGAAGAGUUAGAACAAAAACCAGUCACAGAAGGAUUAGAAGAAAGUGUCCUGGAAGAGCCGGUUGAAGAAACACCAAUCAUGGAAGAAUUCGCAGAAAAGCCAGUCAUGGGUGAAGAGUUUGAACAGAAACCAGUCAGGGAAGGACAAGAAGAAACUGUCCUGGAAAAAAAAAGUGAAGAAGCACCAAUGGUGGCAGAAUUUGAAGAAAAGCCAGUUGUAGAUGAAGAGAUUGAACAGAAACCAGUCACAGAUGGAUUAGAAGAAGCUGUCAUGGAAGAGGAGGUUGAAGAAAUGCCAAUCAUGGAAGAACUGGAAGAAAAGCCAGUCAUGGAUGAAGAGUUAGAACAAAAACCAGUCACAGAAGGAUUAGAAGAAGCUGUCAUGGAAGAGAAGGUUGAAGAAAUGCCAAUCGUGGAAGAACUGGAAGAAAAGCCAGUCAUGGAUGAAGAGUUAGAACAAAAACCAGUCACAGAAGGAUUAGAAGAAGCUGUCAUGGAAGAGAAGGUUGAAGAAAUGCCAAUCGUGGAAGAACUGGAAGAAAAGCCAGUCAUGGAUGAAGAGUUAGAACAAAAACCAGUCACAGAAGGAUUAGAAGAAGCUGUCAUGGAAGAGAAGGUUGAAGAAACACCAAUCAUGGAAGAACUGGAAGAAAAGCCAGUCAUGGAUGAAGAGUUAGAACAAAAACCAGUCACAGAAGGAUUAGAAGAAGCUGUCAUGGAAGAGAAGGUUGAAGAAAUGCCAACCGUGGAAGAACUGGAAGAAAAGCCAGUCAUGGAUGAAGAGUUAGAACAAAAACCAGUCACAGAAGGAUUAGAAGAAGCUGUGAUGGAAGAGAAGGUUGAAGAAACACCAAUCAUGGAAGAACUGGGAGAAAAGCCAGUCAUGGAUGAAGAGUUAGAACAAAAACCAGUCACAGAAGGACUAGAAGAAACUGUCCUGGAAGAGAAGGUUGAAGAAACACCAAUCAUGGAAGAACUGGAAGAAAAGCCAGUUAUGGAUGAAGAGAUUGAACAGAAACCAGUCACAGAAGGAUUAGAAGAAACUGUCCUGGAAGAGAAGGUUGAAGAAACACCAAUCAUGGAAGAACUGGAAGAAAAACCAGUCAUGGAUGAAGAGUUAGAACAAAAACCAGUCACAGAAGGACUAGAAGAAACUGUCGUGGAAGAGAAGGUUGAAAAAACACCAAUGGGGAGAGAAUUAGAAGAAAAGCCAGUCAUGGAUGAAGAGUUAGAACAAAAACCAGUUACAGAAGGAUUAGAAGAAGCUGUCAUGGAAGAGAAGGUUGAAGAAACACCAACCAUAAAAGAAUUGGAUGAGAAGCCAGUCAUGGAUAAGGAGAUAGAACAGAAACCAGUCACGAUAGGACUAGAAGAAACUGUCCUGGAUGAGAAGGUUAAAGAAACACCAAUUAUGGAAGAAUAUGAAGAAAAAUCCAUCAUGGAUGAAGAGUUAGAACAAAAACCAGUUACAGAAGGAUUAGAAGAAGCUGUCGUGGAAGAGAAGGUUGAAGAAACACCAAUCAUGGAAGAACUGGAAGAAAAGUCUGUGAUGGAUGAAGAGUUUGAACAAUCACCACUCACAGAAGGCUUAGAAGAAGCUGUCAUGGAAGAGAAGGUUGAAGAAACACCAAUCAUGGAAGAACUGGAAGAAAAGCCAGUCAUGGAUGAAGAGAUUGAACAGAAACCUGUCACAGAAGGAUUAGAAGAAGCUGACCUGGAAGAGAAGGUUGAAGGAACACCAAUCAUGGAAGAACUGGGAGAAAAGCCAGUCAUGGAUGAAGAGUUAGAACAAAAACCAGUCACAGAAGGACUAGAAGAAGCUGUCAUGGAAGAGAAGGUUGAAGAAACACCAAUAAUGGAAGAACUGGAAGAAAAGCCUGUGAUGGAUGAAGAGUUUGAACAAUCACCACUCACAGAAGGAUUAGAAGAAGCUGUCAUGGAAGAGAAGGUUGAAGAAACACCAAUCAUGGAAGAAUUGGAAGAAAAGCCAGUCAUGGAUGAAGAGUUAGAACAAAAACCAGUCACAGAAGGAUUAGAAGAAGCUGACUUGGAAGAGAAGGUUGAAGAAACACCAAUCAUGGAAGAACUGGAAGAAAAGCCAGUCAUGGAUGAAGAGUUAGAACAAAAACCAGUCACAGAAGGACUAGAAGAAACUGUCAUGGAAGAGAAGGUUAAGGAAACGCCAAUCGUGGAAGAACAUAAACCAGUAAUGGAAGAAUUAAAGGAAACUGCUCAGGAAGAGAAGGCUGAAGAAACACAAACCAUGAAAGAGUUUGAGGAAAAAACAGCCACAGAAAAGAGUGAGGAAACUGUUUCCAUAGAGGAGGAAGUUGAAGAAACACCAGUCAUGGAAGAAAUUGUGGAGAAAACAGCCACAGAAAAGAUUGAGGAAACUGUCCCAAAAGAGGAUGAAUUGGAAGAAACACUAGUCAUGGAAGAAUUUGAGGAAAAAGCAGUCACAGGAAAGCUUGAGGAAACCAUCCCAAUAGAUGUGGAUGUUGUAGAAACACCAGUCAUGGAAGAAUUUGAGGAAAAAACUCUCACAGAAAAGGUUGAGGAAACCGUCCAAGUAGAAGAGGAUGUCAUGGAAGAAUUUGAGGAAAAAGCAGUCACUGAAAAGAUUGAGGAAACAGUCCCAGUAGAGGAGGAAGUUGAAGAAAAACUGGUCAUGGAAGAAUGUGAGGGAAAAAAGCGGUCACAGAAAAGAUUGAGGAAACUGUCCCAAAAGAGGAGGGUAUUGAAGAAACACCAGUCAUGGAAGAAUUUGAGGAAAAAGCAGUCACAGAAAAGCUUGAGGAAACUGUCUCAAAAGAGGAGGGUGUUGAAGAAACACCAGUCAUGGAAGAAUUUGAGGAAAAAGCAGUCACAAGAAAAGCUUUCCAUGGAAGAAUUCGAGGAAAGAACAGUCACAGAAAAGCUUGAGAAAACUGUCCCAAAAGAGGAGGGUAUUGUAGAAACACCAGUCAUGGAAGAAUUUGUGGAAAAAGCAGUCACAGAAAAGCUUGAGGAAAGUGUCCCAAUUGAUGAGGAAGUUGAAGAAACACCAGUCAUGGAAGAAUUUGAGGAGAAAACUGUUACAGAAAAGGUUGAAGAAACUGUUCCAAUACAGGAGGAAGUUGAAGAAACACCAGUCAUGGAAGAAUUUGAGGAAAGAGCAGUCACAGAAAAGCUUGAGGAAACUGUCCCAGUUGAUGAGGAAGUUGAAGAAACACCAGUCAUGGAUGAAUUUGAGGAGAAAACUGUUCCAGAAAAGCUUGAGGAAACUGUCCCCAAUACAGGAGGAAAGGAGGAUGUUGUAGAAACACCAGUCGUGGAAGAAGUUGAGGAAAAAGCAGUCACAGAAAAGGUUGAGGAAACUGUCCCAAUUGAUGAGGAAGUUGAAGAAACACCAGUCAUGGAAGAAUUUGAGGAAAAAGCAGUCACUGAAAAGAUUGAGGAAACAGUCCGAGUAGAGGAGGAAGUUGAAGAAAAACUGGUCGUGGAAGAAUUUGAGGAAAAAGCGGUCACAGAAAAAAGUGAGGAAAUUGUCCCAAAAGAGGAGGGUAUUGAAGAAACACCAGUCAUGGAAGAAUUUGAGGAAAAAGCAGUCACAGAAAAGCUUGAGGAAACUGUCUCAAAAGAGGAGAGUAUUGAAGAAACACCAGUCAUGGAAGAAUUUGAGGAAAAGCAGUCACAGAAAAGCUUGAGGAAACUGUCCCAAUUGAUGAGGAAGUUGAAGAAAACACCAGUCAUGGAAGAAUUUGAGGAAAAAAUAGUCACAGAAAAGAUUGAAGAAACUGUCCCAAAAGAGGAGGAUGUUGUAGAAACACCAGUCAUGGAAGAAUUUGAGGAAAAAGCAGUCACAGAAAAGCUUGAGGAAACUGUCCCAAUUGAUGAGGAAGCUGAAGAAACACCAGUCAUGGAAGAAUUUGAGGAAAAAAUAGUCCACAGAAAAGAUUUUGAUGAGGAAGUUGAAGAAACACCAGUCAUCGAAGAAUUAGAGGAAAAAGUCACUGAAAAGAUUGAGGAAACCGUCCCAAUAGAGGAGGAAUCUGAAGAAAAACUAGUCAUGGAAGAAUUUGAGGAAGAAGCAGUCACAGAAAAGAUUGAGAAAACUGUCCCAACAGAGGAGGGUAUUGUAGAAACACCAGUCAUGGAAGAAUUUGUGGAAAAAACAGUCACAGAAAAGCUUGAGGAAACUGUCCCAAAAGAGGAGGAUGUUUUGGAAACACCAAUCAUGGAAGAAUUAGAGGAAAAAGCAGUCACAGAAAAGCUUGAGGAAACUGUCCCAAUUGAUGAGGAAGUUGAAGAAACACCAGUCAUGGAAGAAUUUGAGGAAAAAGCAAGGAGGAAUCUGAGGAAAAAACUGGUCAUGGAAGAAUUUGAGGAAAAAAUAGUCACAGAAAAGAUUGAGAAAACUGUCCCAAAACAGGAGGGUGUUGAAGAAACACCAGUCUUGGAAGAAUUUGUGGAAAAAGCAGUCACAGAAAAGCUUGAGGAAACUGUCCUAAUAGAUGAGGAAAUUGAAGAAACACCAGUCAUGGAAGAAUUUGAGGAGAAAACUGUCCCAAUAGAGAAGGAAGUUGAAGAAACACCAGUCAUGGAAGAAUUUGAGGAGAAAAUUGUCACAGAAAAGCUUGAGAAAACCAUCCCAAUAGAGGAGGAAGAAACACCAAUCAUGGAAGAAUCUGAGCAAAAACCAGAAGAAUUUGACCACAAACUAGUGACAAAGAAACUUGAUGAAACAAACCAGGAAGAGGAGGUUGAAAAAUCAUUGAUAAUGGAGAAAACAGUUAUGGAAGAAUUUGAACAUAAACUAUUCACAAAAGAACUAGAAGAAAAGGUUAUGGAAGAGGAGAUGGGAAAACCACCAAGUAUGGAAGAAUUUGAGGAAAAAACUCUUGAAGAGGAGACUGUUGAAAAGGACAAUGUUAGAGUGGAACAUGAAGAAGAAAUGGUCACCCAUGAAGAAUUUGAGCAUGCACCAGUCACGGAAAAGCUUAAAGAAACAGUUAUGGUGCCUUUUGAAGAAAAGCUGGCCAUAGAAGAACUUCAUGAGAAAUAUAUAACAGAAGAGGAUAUAACAGUCACCAAGAAAGUUGAAGAGCAAAAAACAACUCCUAUGGAAGUCCAAGACCCAUUUGAUGUACUAGAGGCAGACAUGGCCCAGGAAAUAAUAACUGAACAAUAUGAGAAAGAUCUUCAGGAAACAGCAGAGACAAUUAAUGAACAGGGGAUGGAAAAUUUGUUGUUUGAAAGUGAAUCAGUCGAGCAGGGAGGACUUCAAGGAUUUGUCGAAAUAAAACGGGACAUGGAGGAAGAUUAUGAGACAGAGAAACUAGUUGUGGAAAAGGAUGGAGAGACACCUGUCUUAAAACAGGAUUCUGAGGAAAAACAUGACAAAGAACAUAGUGAAGACGAUUCAAGUUUAGAAUGGGAAUUUGUGGAGAAACCAUUGGCAGAAGAUGGUUAUAUUGAAGAGGAUGUGGUAUCCAAGGAGAAGUUGUAUAAAGAAAGCAUUGUGGAAUAUGAAGGUGGUCUUUCCCUGGAAAAAGAUGACUUUUAUCAGAAAGAAACAGCCCUACAACAUCAAGCUGGACCUGGUAAGGAACAGAUGGUUGACAUUGGAGAUGUAAGUGAAAAAGGGUUUGAGGAUGUUCAAGUUGAAAGAAGUCUCACUGAAGAAGACAGACAUGUUUGGGAAAAGCUUGACACACCAGAUGAUUUGCAGAAAGAUCCGUUUGAAACAUUGGAAGAAGAUAUGUCCCGAGAAGUAAUGACCACAGAGCAGCAUAAGGAACAGAGAGAAGAAACUCGUGUAUCUGAAGUAAAUAUCACUGAGGAAACUGAUGAGCAAUAUUUUCAUAAAACAACUGAAAAAUUAAGUAUGGAAAUACACGCAGACACUACAGAGAUGAAAGAGCAGAUAACACAGCAAUUCCAGACAGCUGAGGAAUUUGAGAGCUUUCAAGAUAGUCAGUAUACAACUGGCAAAGAGCUUGAAAGUGAUGAAGAAAUAGACAAAGUUGAUGAGAGACAUGUUGUAUCAGACUUGUCUGAUGAUGAAUUAAGACAGUAUGCAGUGGAUGAACAGGAAUACAAAGAAGAUUUACAACAAAGUGAUUUACAACCACAGGAUCAAGUUAGUUCCAGUCAAGAGAAAACACAAAUUUUGCAUACUUUAUCAUUUCUGGAAGAGGAAGCAGAAAAAAAAGUUGAAAGAUCUGAAGAGGAAGAACAAGAAGUAACCAGUCCAUUUAGUGAUGUUUUAGCAGAGAUUCCAGCAGGACUAGAAGAUGAUGCAUACAUCCGUGAAGGGAAAGUUGAUGAAAUAGAUGAUGAUGAAUAUGGCUCUAUGUCAGAGGAGGAAGAUGAAGAUCAACCUACUGAAACAGUCACAGAUGAAACCAUGGAAAAGUCUGAAAUACCUGAGAAAGCAGAUUCAGAUUUAGAGGAUGAAGUUUUAUUUGGAAAAGCUGAGUUGGACGUGGAGCAAGAGAAGGAGGUAUCUGAAAGUGAAUUAGAUGUCAGUAUAGACAGACUCGAAAGGUUUAUGACUAAGGAUGGAGAAGACUUCGGCUCAGAUGAGUGGAAUGAAAUGGCCUUGGAAAGGGAAGAUCAGUUGAAGGCAUCACUGGCAGAGGCUCCAGAGUUUAGUAUUGACAGGCGAGAGACUUUCCUGUCAUUAAGCCCAGAAACACUGGGCCCUGAUGGACACAAAUCCCCAAAGCAUGGACCUAAUGUUGAAAUUGUUUCUGUUACUGAUCAUGAUGAUAGCACUGAUUUCAGCUUUGAACUCUCGGGUGUCCCAGGCCUUCCACAUGCUGAUGCAGACAGAGAUCAGACAAGCCUGUUGGAUAUAACUCUUGAUGGCACUGGAGACCAGUACCUUGAACUUCAAAAGGACAAAGUCCCUGAUCCAACUGCUGUGACCGAACAAACUGUUUAUCAAACCACGCUUCCUGAUGGUACUUCUAUUAAACGCCAUAGACAAUUACAGAGGGACAAUAGCAUUGUGGAAAUCAUAGAAGAAGAAGGUCCUGCAAUGCAGAAAACGGUUCACACCCAAGAACAUGAAGAAGUCUUACCUGAUGGUACUGUUCACAGAACACAUCGUAGUCACAGUCAGAAAGUGAAGCACUUCAGAAAACGAAUCCAUAGUUUAGAUGUUGAAGAAGAAGACAAAAUUUUUGAGGAGGAUAUAACACUGCCAGGUACAAAAAGGGAAGAUACAGUGGAAACCUUUGAAGAGCCAGUUCGAUGUGAGGUGAAAGUGGAGAAGGUCGAGGAACAGCUGCCUACUGGAGAGAUGAAGAAGAAGAAGGUUAUCCACAACAGAAUGGUUCACAAAAUCCGAACACGCCACCAGUCCCAAGAAGAAGGCGGCGGCAGCAUAGAGGAAGAAUAUGAGAUAGAUGAGAUUAUUCCUGGCACUGAAACAGCUUUUGUAGAAUCUGACCGAGAAAGUACACCAGAGAGUGUUGAGAGCACCCCUAGUUCAGAUUUAGAUGCAGAAACCAUGGAUAAAGACUUUAGUGAAGAAUCAAGGAAAACAUCAGAAGAUGCUGGACAGGCCCAACCUGGUAAAGGUGAGGUUGAAUAUAGUGUUUUAAAGCCUGACGGAACUGUAGCUACACAUCACCCCCAAAAUGUUGGUGAAGUGGGCUAUUCCGAUAUAGUAGUAGAAGAAGGGCCACCGCAUGAAUUGAGAGAUGUUCAGACAUUAGAAGAAAGGUUACCAGAUGGUACAAUACACAAAUCUCAAAUGGUACACAGUCACAUUAUAAAGCAUGUCUUAACUCAUGUGGAAUCAGAAAAAGGGGAUCAACCUUUGUUCGAGGCUGAUGUAGAGGUGCCAGGUACUGAAAAAGAAGAUGUUAUUGAGAUAUUUGAAGAACCUGCACAUCCUGAAAGUCAAGUAGAAGAAGUAGAUGAAUCUUUACCUAGUGGUGAGCAUGUUAAGAGACAUAUCCAUCACUCUAGACUUGUUCAACAUAUAAAAACAAAACACAAAUCCAUAGACUCAGAAGGUGGCCAGUUUGAGGAGGAGUAUGAUUUAGAAGAAGUUGUACCCGGUACUGAGUGUGCCUUUUUUGAAGAACCUGUAGUUCUAGAAGCUGACAAAAUCUCUACUGACUACAAUGUCAAGAAGGAAGUCCUUAGCGAUGGUAGACUUGUCACUCAAAGGGUUGUAAGCAGUGAAGAAGUGCGCAAGGUGAGGUCCAGGUCUGGAUCGUUGGAGCAAGAGACCGAUAAGCUAUCUUUGACAGAGGAAGAAGUCAGUGCAAGCCCUCGGAGACAACCAAGUCCUAGCCAAGAAGCAGACCAGUCACACAGACCACAUGGUGGCUAUUUUGGACCAGAAGAUGUGGAUUAUCAGAAGCGCCUCAUUCAGAGUGGCCAUGUAGAGCAAACAUACUCUGCCAGCCAAGGACAAUACAGAGAAACUGCCGACCAGUCUGUUGAAACAUUUGAAAAGCCAUCACCAUCUCCACGCACCAUUGUGCUCGCACCAGGCAUGGAACUGGAAGAGGAAGAAGGCAUGGCAGAAACCUUGGAUGAAUGGAUGUUUAGAAAUCGGACAUCGCUAAUGACCACAACAACCACCACCAUCAGGAGUGAGGGAGGACCGUGGGUGCCACCUCGGCCUGGAGUCGGAACACCUCAUUCACAAGCAACUCAGCGCAGCAUACGAGGCACCCCUGUUGGAGGUGCCGAUGUGUCUGCUGGUCAACCUCCGGAGAUGACAGAAGAGUAUCAGGAGACUGUGCAAGCAGUCUUGUCUGAGUCCUACCAUUAUUCUGAAAUAAAACAGGAGGCCUUUGAGCCCUUUAGUUCUCAACAAGAAGUAGAUAUCCCAGCUGACGAAAAACUGCCCUCUGAUGAAAUUGUGUAUCACCACACUGAAAUAAGCCUUGUUGAAUCUGAAGAAAAAGAUAGACAGACAGCUGCAGGUGAAGAAUGGGAAGUUGUAGAAACCAGCGUUCUAGAGGAAAAUGUUACACUUACUGAUACUGCUUAUGAAGAACGAGUUUCUGAAAGUGACAAACAGGAAUGGAAAAAUCGACCACACGAAACAGUGGAGACAUAUGAGUAUAGUAGGGAAAAAGUCAUUCAAGAUGAAGCCAACAUUUUCAUGAAAACAUCUCUGACUGAGGCAUGGGAAAAGGAGUACAGAGAGAAAGAACUUAUUGAUGAGAAACAAGAGGUAGAGGAAUUUGAAAGGAUGGAAAGUAUGGUUUUACAGCACGAGACACAAGAUGAAUUAGAGAUAACUCAUCUAGAAAGCUCACUGUCCGCCGCUAAAUUAGAAGACCAUACUCUGAUGUCUGAUAAAAUAUUUGAAGGAGAUAUUUUAGAAUCUGCCUUUUCUGAAAUGAGAGGAGAGCCUCUUCAGAUGCAUUUGAUUGAAAUUGAGAAGGAAAUUGUUGAACAGGAAGGAAAAAUUGACGAACAAGCUACUGGUGAAAUGCAAGAUGACAAAAAUGAGAUGUUUGAACUUGGUGAAGAAAGAACGAGUGAAACUGGGAAUGAUUUGCAAAACAUAAUGGAAACUGCAGAUACAUCUGUACAUGAAGAGAACAAAGUGGCAUAUGAAUAUGGAGAUGACUUUCAAGAGCAACAUCAAGACAUUGCUGUAGAAGAAAGUGACUUGGUGAGAUCUCAUGCGGGAAUGGAGGAGCAGCCCACAGUGGAAGAUGAAGGAGUUGAAAUAGAAUAUGAAGAACAAGACAGCAAAUUAUCUGAUGAGAUCCAUUAUCAAGAACAGCUUGCACAGCAAGAGGAGGAUAAAAUCUGUGAAAGCGAAACCGACUUGCAAUAUACUGACGUAAAAGAAGAGCUAGAAUCUUAUUCACAAUACAAUGAACAAGGGGAAGAUCUGAAUGUUCAGGCAAAGUUAGAUAUGCUGGUAGAUAUUCCUCAAGAAGAAAUUUCAGAUAAGGAGGAAGAAAGAGAUGUGAGAGAUGAUGCAAUCGUGGUUGGUGAAGAUGUGGAAAGUGGAGAUGAGGGUCUACCAGAAAGUGAGGAGGGAGGAGAGGAAAGAGAGCCUAGUGUAGAGCCAUCUGGUGCUUAUGAGGAAGUUGAACAAAGUCAAGUAUCUGGGGAUGUGGAAGAAAAUGGCUUGAGUGUCAUUGAUACAAAGGAAGACCAUCCAAUAGCUCAGGAAGACCUUAAUGCGUCUAUAAGUUCUGAGGGAGAAGGCGAAGUGAAGGAUGUGUUAGGACUUGAUGAAACAUGCAUGGAAGAAGAACUAAGAUCACAAGCUGCACAAGCAGAAGUGGCCACUGAGGAGAAAGAUAAAACAGAAAGUGGAAUAAUAUAUGAUGAAAAAGUUGAAGAAGGAGCCCUCUUUCAGCAAAAUGAUGGUUUGGCACAGAGGGACAGACUAGACCAAAGGGAGGAUGAACAGUUGCAAGAAAAUAUUAUUGAGGCUCAGGAGGAGAGAAAAGAUAUGGAGGAUGGGGUGCAUGUAGUCGUUGAACAAGUGACAGGAAGGGAAUUUUUGAAAAGAAAGCAGGAGGAAGAUGAAGUAGUGGAUAGGGAAGAUUAUUUUGAACAAGAUGAACAGCUUGCAGCCAAGGAAGAGGGAGAAAAAGUUAUUGAUCAAGAGGAGAAAACUAAGUUGCAAGAAGUGGAACAGUUGCUUGAUCAAGACGAAGAUGAACAAAGUGAAAUAGAUCAGUUCAUUUCAGAGGAAAGAGAUGCUGGCCAAAUGGUUUCUUCCUUCCAUUCCGAAGUUUUCCCAGAAAAGGAAGCAACAGCUCAGGUGAGAAGAGACUCAGAACCUGAAGAUGACCAGUCUCUUCCUAUGGAGGAGCUGGUUUUCAUUCCAACUGAAGCAGGACAAACCCAGCACAGUAUUGAAGCUGAAGAAAGAGCCCAAGGUGAAGAUGAUGGAAUGUAUCAACCUCAACCUUUUCCUGUUGAAGAGAGGGAAGGAGAGCCCCAUGAUGAUGAGUUUAUUCAAGAUCAGUCUUACAGCGCAGAGGACACACCUGAAGAGUCAUUUUUUCAGGAGAGGAAGAAGGAAGAAAUUGUAACCAUUCAUGAACAGACAGAGCAUGCUUCAGAAAAACAUGAUGGCUUGUUGGAACAAGAUAAGCUGUCAGCUGAAAAUGACGAAGAUCUCAUUAAAACCUCACUUGACAAGGAUUCUGUGGACAUGAGCAACAUGGAAGCUGAGGUCAUUGAAGUAAUUGAGGGUGCCUCAGAUCUAGAUGAUUUUGACACACAAGGAUAUCAUUAUGCAGAAACUGAGGAAGAGUGGGCAACUGAAAGAUCUGAGCGAUUUGAAACAUAUUCAAGGGAGACAGCUGAAUCGCAGGUAAUGACAAUGCAAGGUGAGGAAGACUUACAAGGUUUGAUGACAUUUGAGAACCAGGAAGUGACAGCAACAACAGAUGGAACAGAAGAUGAUGAGCAGAUUUCUCAAGAUUUUGGGGAAGAUAAAGAGUUCAUUCCGGGUGAUGAUUCAACUGUUGAUCCAGAAUAUGCUGUUGAUCGCCGAUUUUCAGAUGUGAAAGUUGAUGAAUUAGAUUUUGACCAAGUAAAGGAGAGAUUUGGCUUUGAAGAAAGUGAGGAGAUCCAGGAAGGUUUAGGAGCAGCAUUCACAACAGAACAUGUACAAGACUUGGAAGAGGAGAUCCAAGGUGAAAUCGAUAAGGAACCCCAAUCCUACAAGGAAGAUGAUUUUACUCUAAAGGCCCAUGCACCUCUUUAUCCUUCUUCAUCCACAGAAUGCCAAGGACCAUCAACAACACCAAGUGAAGGAGAAACUCCUAUGAUGAAUGACCUUGGGGAAUCAGUGCAAGAGGAUUUUGAUCAAGAGAGGAUCAGAGGUGAGGAGGUCGAGAGACCCUUAUCUCCUAGUGAUUACACAUUGGAAGCUGACUCUGAGCAAGGAUCUACAGUUUUGACAGGCAGUGAACUCGAUCUUGAACCUCUUGGGAGAAUGAGUGCUGAUACAUCCCAGCAAAUUUUCAUUGAACAAUCUAUCGCAGCUACAAGAGGAGCAUUGACACCAGAUAGUCGGGAAGAGCAUGUGGAUGGUCGGUCAGACAUUUCAUCAGGAUCAAGAGAAAGAGAUUUUGAAGAUGAGAGGCCAAUGUCACCAUCUGAGUUUACCCUUAUUCAGUCCCAUGAGCAGGAAGAGCUGGCCCAAGUGCUUGGUAUCAGUUCUUCUGGUGAGGAAACCAUGCAACAGUCCAGUGGAUCUGAACUGGACAGAGCCAUGAAUGCUCUGGAUCAAGCCAGUCUUAUGUCUAGCAUUUAUGAGGAGAAUCUUUUUGCAUCUGUCCAGCCAACUCAAGUCCCAGAAUCAGAAUCAAAGCGAGAGGCUGAGAUGAGUCAGUUGGCAGGACAUGAUGUCCAAUACACUGAUCGCAUUGAGCAAUUUGAAGUUGUGGAAAGAUCUCAAUCACUAAGUCAUGAACAACAGAAGGCUAUGAUAUCCAGCUAUGAAAACGUGUAUGAUGGUGUGAAUAUUGAAGCAGAGGAGGAGCUUGAAGGGGAAAUGGAAGUAGGAGAUAAGUUUGACACAAGACAGGCUGAUCCUCACCUAGAAGGAAUGGAAAAAUCAUCAAGCUUUGAAAGACUUUAUGAGAGUGAACUAGGAGCAGAAGCUACAGAUUUAGGUCAAGAUCCUACUAGAGAAGAACGACAGCAGGUUGAGGAGGACAAACUGAGCUCCUCUAGCUCAGAAGUGGCACGGGUUGAAGAUGUUGAGGGCAUUCCAGAUGCUGAUGUACGUGAGACCAGUGAAGGAAAAACUGAGGAGACGGAUGUGGAGGAGCAGUUCUCUCCCCCUGCCAAAUUUGCCUCUUCUCAACAGGCUUUUGAUUUUGAAAUGCUUACCCCUGAUCUAUCCGUUACUAAAUCUCCCUCUGAACCCAUCUCUCCUGAACAAGGUCUUGCUGGCCGGCUAGCUGAAGACUUGGCAAAAGCUUCAAUGACAGAAGAUAUGACUGAAGGCAAAGACAGAGACCAGACAACUGAGGAAAUUCCCAUCCAGUAUGGUGCAGAUAGUGUGGUAACAUCAGAUGUUGAUAAUCAACUCCUUGAGCACUAUGGCGAUGAUUUCCAGGAAAUUCAAGAAAUCCGCUCUGGCUAUGAAAUCUGCGAUACUAAAGACACCACAGAGUCAUUGGAGCAAUUAUCUAAGGAGUCACUUCAAGAACCAACUGAAGAAUCAGACAAACUUGAAAGACUUUCAUGCAUGGCCUUUGAUAACAUGGGGUUUGCUGGAUACACUGCAGAGCACCAUCAGGAACAAAAGUUAACAACUGAGGAUAAAAGUGCUACAGCAGAGCCAGUUGUUCGUGGAAAUAUAUCCCCAGAGGAUUUGGAGGAAAAGCCAUGUUUGUUUGGAUUUCCCGAUGAAAUGACCAAAGAGAUGAGCAGUGAAUGUCUCUCAGCCCAAACACUGCAAGAAGAAACAGUGACAGGUGAGCAAGAAAUGUCAUCUGUAGUUCAACAAACUGAGACAGGCACUAUUUGGGAAGCAGUGGAAGUGCACAAAGAAGAUAGAUUUGAAACAACAUCAGAUCUUGUUGUUGAAAAACUGGUUAGCUACAAUGACAUACCUGAGAGGGAAGAACUUAACAGAGAAGGUCGAGGUGUGCUUGAAGGCGUUGAAUCAGGCGCAACAGAACUAGAUUCUCAGGCUCCAGACCAGCAGGAAGAAGAAAAACUUGAAGCAGAAACAUCUAGUAUUGCAGAGGAAAGUGAAGAAGAGCCUGAAGGGCAAGAUGCUGAUGACAAGAGCUCAGAGAGCAGCUUGGAAGAUGACAAAGUGUUUACUGAUUCUGUUGGUGAACUCAAAAAAGUGCCAUGGGAAAUAGCUCACCAGUUUAAAAGACAGUUCUCUGAAUCUUAUCUUGAUCAGGAAAGAAAAUCAUCCCUUUCAUCAGUACAGUCUUUAGAUAUGGGUACCUUUUAUAGAAGAGACAGAGAUCAAGAUAACGGUCAGAGGGUUACUUUUGAGCUUGGUGAAGGUCAGAUUGUUGAGGAAGAAAGCAAGGAGUAUGUUUAUUCAGAGACAGUUAAAUUCAGGCUCUCAUCGAGCAGCACAAAAGACGAAAGUGAACCCACAGAAGACUUGCAGGAGUCCCAAGCUUCUAUUCAGGUCCAUCAACAGACUUCUUUAGAACCACAUGACCAGAUUUGUGAAACUCAUGAUGCUAUUGUUAUCCAGACCAUUCUUGAGAGCCGAUGCCAGUAUUUGGAGGAAGUUGCGAAGCAGGAACAAACUUGGAUGUCUGAAUAUUUAUCAGGUGGUAAUGCCCAGUCAGAGGCACUAACUUUCUCCACUGAGACCCUUACAGACUCAACUGCAUGCUUUGAGGAAUCAAAGGAUGAACAGUAUGAAUCAAAGCGGCUUUCGUCUGGAUCACACUACUCAUCAGAUGCCAUGACCUCUUCAUUCAUGACUGCCAAAACUUCCCUUGACGUUUCAGCUGAGCAGUCCAUGUUUGACUCUCAGCACUUUCAAGACGCUGAAUCUGAGGGUAUGAGCACACCUCCAGUCAUUAUGGAUACUGAAUCAGAAUUCAAAGAAAUCUAUGAAGAGCCUUCUGAAAAAGAAAUAUUGGCGUCUCAUGAGCUCUCAGACAGCGUUGUAAGCCGAGAGUCUCGACUCGCUCAGCAAGAAUUGUUACAGGAAGGGGCAGAUGAAAAAGAUCGUUCAAUUUCUCCAUCGAACGACAGUGAAAGAUUACCUACUACCUAUGAAUCUCAAAGUGAAUUGCAAGAAGACACCCAGAAAGAAGUAGUCCGACCAGGAAAAUUUCCCAUGGCCGUUCCCAUGCUUGGAAAAGCACUAGCAGACAAUGAUGUAUAUGAAUCAUCAGAAACAGAGAGGGAAUCCUCGGAAGAUAAGUUGUCUCCAAUUGAAGAAGCUCCAAGUGGAGAAACAGUCGAUGAACUUCCUGAUGACCGUGAAUCUGUACCACCAGCUUCUGCAGAGAAGAAAGUAUCAUUCCAAGACAGUUUUAAGCCAGGAGGGGAAGAUGUGGUCAAGACAUCUACAUCAUCGUCAGAUGUUUCUGUUGAGCCUACUCUACUUGCUGCGUCGUAUGAUUUGGACUCUGGCAGAGUGUCUCAUGUCGUGGCCGCCUAUGACAUGUCACCGGAUACUGUUGAGCAACUGGCUCCAUUGGAAGGUACCACAAAAGCAAUUCUCUCCAGCCCAGAAGAUGAGGUAUUUGAAACAGAAUCUCCAGAGUCAGAAGGAAGGAGUCAAGAAGGUGAUAUAGGAACAUUCCUGGAACAUACUCCCACUGAAAGUGUAGGGUCAGGCUCUCCAAGUAUAUGCCCACCAACACCAAUGACUACACCUAAGGAAAUGGAAGCAGUUCAACAUGUGGAGACAGACUUGGAAGAUGCCGCUCAUAAAAUGGAACAGCUGCAAGCUACUGAAGAAAACCAAGAAAUUGAUGUUGAAGAGCAAUCUGGAGCAUGUGCUAUGGAAGAAGAUACCCCUGGAACCCCGUUUGAAGUUCUGUCCGAUUCUGAAUUGAUCGGAUAUGAAGAUUAUUUGGAAAGAAUGAAGGAGGUAAAAAUGGAGCAGUCAGCGGAGUUGGAAAUCAGCGGUGGCAGCUUUGCAGAUAUUCCUGCAUCUAGACUAUCACAGGAAACAACUAGUUGUGAUGGAACUUUGGCAGCAGAUACUGAUAGAAGUUAUGCAGUACCCUCAGCUCCUCCUUUAGAUGAAGUUGUUACUCCAACUGAUUUAGGACAUUUGAGAACUGAAGAGCAAGAAUCAUCUUUUGACCAUUCUUCCCCAGUCAGUAGCAGUGAACAUUCCGAAAGAGGCCCACUGUCACCUUAUGGGGCAGCCCAUCUUAUUCAAGAGUUAGAUGGUGGUGAACUACCAGAUAUUCUUCAGUCUUCUAUUCCUGCAGAAGAUGCCAAUACAGAAGUUCAUGACUCUUCGCCCAUUCAACAUUUUGCACCACUUUCUGAAGACGAAAAGCCAGCUUACCUCCUCAAUGGUCCAACAGAGGUGGACUAUUUUCCAGAACCUGAAGAAUCUGAACCUCUGCCAGAAAAUGUGGGUGCUGGUACAGAACCAAGCCCACCAGACUUAAGAGAACAACCAGAUAUUCUUCCAGUGAUGCAAGACCAGCUGAUUACUGAGCAACAAGAUGAGGUUCUGCCGUCUGAUAAUGUAGAUCUUUAUUCAGGUGAUGUUUCUGAAGAGCAAAUUUACGAAGAACAUCACACAACAGAAACAUACAGUUCUUCAGAAACCCAAUACACAUCAUACAUAAGUACAAGUCAUGCAACCACCACAGAAUCCCUGGCAGACGAAAUAAUAACACAUUCGGAGCAGAGAGCUGUCUCUUCAGAACAAACGUUGUAUGGGUUAGAAAUGCCUUCUGAAGAGAUGGCACAGAGCUUUAGUCAGGCUGAUGCAACAGACACCAGUGAAAGACUAGAUACAAGUACUACUGCCACUGCGCAACCUGGCACAGAAGACGAAGAUGAUACAGGCUACGAGAUUGAUCGCCAGGAGCUGUUUGAAGCCCAAGUAACUGAAGUACCAUCUGAAUUUGUGGCAGGUGCACUAGAACCAUGUGGUGAUGAACUUUAUGAACUUCCAAAAGAUGACAUCUAUCCAGGUAAAAGAGCAUUAGAUGUGGACUCUGAACAGUUUGAGAGUUCUGAUACUGAACCAUGUUCAAGCACAGUGGUUUCAGAUGACUUGCCAGCUGCAGUGGUCACAGCAGUACCUCAGGAAUUUGCCAGAGAUUCCAUAUCAUCUGGUGAAAGUGAGCCAGAAACUGACGUUGUUAAGCAAACAUUAAAACCUCAAGAACGAGAAGAAUUGCAAGAAGUUCAGCCGCAGAUGUAUGACUUGAGUCCAUCAUUUGUGGAGAGAGAUGAGUUUGAGUACAAAACCAAAGUAGGUAAGGACAGUGAGGCAGAUACAGAAGGAGCUACUGCUCAACCCAGUGCAGGUGUAGAUAUUGAGGAAGAUAUAAACAUUGCUACUGAAAUGGAUGCCGAAGGUUAUGUCAUCGAAGCAGAUAUGAUGGACAGACCUGAACCAGAGCUUGAAAAACUUGUUGGUGAGGAGACAAAGCAGGAUAUUGAAGAAACAACAGAAUUUCAACCAUCUGAGACUAUGGAAUCUGAGCGGCCUCCAUCUCCAACACCUGAAGAUAUGUUUCACCAUUCAGAAGUAAGUGACCAGCAAACCUUUGAAGAUGAUGCAGAACAAGAAGACAUUGCAAAUAUAGAUGACGAAUUAAUUGAGAGGACAGCAAGUAAAUUUGUGGAGUCUGUGCUGGUAGACAUAAAGGAAAAGGUGGAACAGGGUAGAUUUGCAGGAUUUAGUGAAGUAGAACCUGACACAAAAGAGGAAAAUCAAAUCAGUCAGUCUGGAAAAGAGGCUGAGGGAAUAGAGGAAGAAGUUGAAAAAGGAGCCAUAGAUCAUGAGAGCAAACCCGAAGCAGAAAGCAAGGAAGCAUGUCAACAGGAAGAAGUAGACAUGGCAGGUAUUUCAGAAAGCUGGGACCAGGAAAGAACCUCAAGUCCUGAUUUGGGAGAGCCUAGAACAGAAGAUUCAACUGCUAAACAUGAACCAAUGAAAUCCUCAGAAUCUGUGGAGGAUGUCCACUCAUCCCGAAAACUGGUACUGCAACCCUCAGAGGAUAUUCCUGAAAUCACAAUCACUCAGCACCUUCAUGUGGAAGAAGAUGAAGAAGAUUACCCAGUUUUGUAUACACAGCAACAUCACCACCCAUGUGUACCUGAAGAGGAAGAAGAUGAUGAAGAUGAAACUGAUAAUGCUCCUCUUGCCAAAAAACAAGCUCAGUAUACAUUUCAAGAAUCCUUAUCCAAAUCUUGUGAGGAAAAAACUGAUUAUAGUACAUGUGAGGAGAUGAGCACACAACGUGGCUUCCAGCAGAUCAGGCCAAAAGAUGACUUAGAAGAUCAAAAUUUAUUGGAUGACCCAGGCCCAUCAAGUGCAGAUCAAAGUCCAGUGGAUGCAACAUCUGAGACCGGUUCUUUUUUAGUGGAUAGCGCAGAUUCUGGUUCUGCUGGCAUCCAUGGAGAGCCAGAAUCUGCGGAAACAAUUCUUUUUGAAAUGGAUGACCUGGAAAUGACAGAAACAAAGGACACCAGUGAGGAAGACUACAUUGGUGUCUCUGCCAAGGACAUACCUGAGCUGCAGAGCCCUGAAGAUCUAGGGGACUCAUCAAGUGUAGACAGUUUUGCUACUGUUGUUGCUGCUCAUGUUGAAUAUGAAGAAGAAGAUCGAUUAGCAGAAGUGGCCUCACUGACAUCCUCUUAUCAUUCUGAGAUCACUCACACAGAUGCUAUUGCUGAAGAAGAGGAAGAUGAGGAAGAAGAGGAUGAUGAACAAGGCUACUGGAAUCAAGAUGAUGUAGAAAAAUCAAGUGAAUCUUCUACAGGAAGUGAGAGAUAUGAGUUCAUCGAGAAAACAGAACUGUCCGUUAUUGCUGAAAACUCUGAAGAAGAAAGGUACGAGAUGAUAGAAAGAGGAGAAUUGGAUGUUGAUACCAGUCCUGAUUUUGUUCGUAGUCCAGCUGAAGCUUCUGCACUAACCAGUCAUCGUCUUUUCGGCAGAAGUGUUGAGAAAGAUGAUGUUUCUCUUUCUUCAUCACUUGCAGAAUUUGAAAGGCUUGAAGGUGAAAUUUGCCAGUCUGGUUCAGGCUCCUUAGGCUCAAUGGGAGAUCGGGACAGUUUGGCUGGCUCAUACGAACUCAGACAUUUCCGUGGGAGGAGUGGGGAUAAAGAUGAUUUGUCCAUAGCUUCAUCACUGGCAGAAUUUGAACGGCUUGAACAGGAGCUUGCACACAGUGGAUCUGGUGGAUCAGGAGGUUCAAUUGACAAGAUACCAACCGAUGGUAACAAAAGUAGUGGUGGUGAGCCAUCAUCAUUAUCCUCUCUGGGUGAAUUUGAAAAAUUGGAACAUGAACUACAAAAGCAAGAGGUUGAAAACAGACGAAGUUCUAUGGAAAGUUGUUCACGGAAAAGUGAUACUGGAUCUUCAAUGUCCUCUUUAAAUGAAUUCGAAAGACUUGAACAAGAAAUUGUUAUAGGUGAUGAAUUGCAAGCAGAAGCACAGAAAAUUGUAUCAAUCUUGGAGUCAGGAGAACUUAUGCAUGAAUCAGAGAGUGAACAUGAGCAAUCUGAAGCACAAACAACUGUAAGAGAAAUUACACAAAUGACAGAUUCAAUUGAAGCUGAUCAGUUACCUUUGGAUCCCCCUUCAAGCAGAACUUUUGAUUCUGAAAUUCCUGAUAUAACAGAAAAGGAUUCUUUGGAUGGAAAGGACAUUGAUUCAGAUUCCCUGAGCGAGUCAGAUUUUGACCAAGGUCUGGAUACAGUGAUGAGUGGUGACUGCUUUAGUGCUGUGAUAGAAGAGGAGCUUAGAAUUGAGCAAGAGGAACUGCGUUUAGGAGGAGAAUUGGAUCAUGACUCAUUGGAGGAGGAUUUACAUUGUACUGAAAUGAAAAGAAAAGAAUCUACCAAAGAUUUUGACACGGAUUCAUUGCAAGGAGUUGAAAGUAUUAUGCAGUUAUCUGCAGAUUCUAUUAGUUCAGACCAGCAAGUCCCAUCUGCUGGUGCAGAUGGUGAAAGGUUUGACACUGAUUCUCUUCAGGGCCAGGAGGGCAUAAUGGAGAGAUCAAUUGAUUCCUUAGAGAUUGAACAAGUCCCAGACCAAGCCAAAGUAACCGACACAGACUCCCACAAAGAUUCAGAGGGGGUAAUGCAAACAUCUGCCGAUUCUUUGGAAGGAACACAACCAGAACAAGAAGUCCCAACCAGCAUGGAAACCUCAGUUGAUUCAACAACAUGGAGUUUAGCAAGUUCCGGGUUUUCCCGUUCAUCUCAGGACACUCUCAAAUCCCGGAGUAGUUCUAGUUCAGGCCGAGACAUCAUGCAGGUGUCCUCAGAUUCCUUGGGAAUGCAGAAGUCUAUCCAUGAGGAAACGAUCAGUGAAAAGAGACACUCUGGUGAAUACACAUUAACAAAGAAGGAGACAACCAUAAUUGAAACAGAUGUGCACCAUGUAACCUUCACAAGGACUUCAGACACAAACCCUUUCCUUGACACGGAGGGUAAUGUGAAAAACAACAAGGAUGCAGCAAAUGCAGAUUAUGACAGGGAAGGCAAUUUCCGUUGGAGUUCAUCUGAAGAUGAAGACACCAAGCCUGCACCUAACCCAUUUUUAGACUGGGGUCCUUACGAAGAGAAAAAGAAGGUGUUUACGAUGACAGAAUGGGAAGAAAUGAAGCGGGCAAAGAAACAGAGCAUGGAUGUGAUGGAAAAAACUGACCCAUCUAGUCCUGAACAGCCUAUGUCAACAGACCAAAGUUCUGUAGAGAGAAAUCUCCCGUCCCCUCACCCCACUGACCCCAGCCAAUCCAGCUCACACACUGCUCCUCUUCUCCCCUCAUCCUCCCUGUCAGCUAUGCCAGCAGACCAGGGACCCGACCCUUCUACUGACACUAGAGCUGAGCAGGAGGAGGAAAUGGAGCCUGAACCAGCCCCUCUACCAACCACAGCCUACCAGACAAGAGUGGGUGAUGCUCGGCGCGUCGCAUCUAUAGAUGAGGAUGACACGGCUGAGUAUGACAUCACAGAGCAUGGGGACCUGGUCCAUGGCAUACCUGACAAGUUUGCUCAGAAAACAGGACCAGCGUUUGUUGAUCGUCGUGAUUUGGAGGAGUCCGAGGAGGAUGAAGUGGUCGAUUAUACGGAAGAGGAAGAAGUUGAAGAAGGAGCAAUGGUUAGUGCUGAAGACGACGGGGCCCGACCAGACUCGCAGACUACCAAGCAACCAGUUUACCCCUGUCCUUGUAGAGUGGUAAUGAAGCGUCAGACACACAAGAAGACGGUGAUGAAGCCCGACGGUCAGGAGGAGACAUUAGUGACUGUGGAGACAAAGGUGGACCAGGACAAGGAAGCCCGAGAACUGAAGGAGAGCAUGCAGCAGAUUAUUGACCAGUUUAUGGAGGGACAGGGCGAGUUUGAACAGCAGCAGUUUGAGCAGCCUCAGUUUCCUGGAGGACGAUGUCUAAACUAUUCACUAAACACCUCCCCUCCCCCCACCCCCGACUUUUACAUCUUAUAUUUUUGUUCCGAAUUGCUGCCUGCAUUUUUGUACAGUUUUAUCUUUAAAAGAAAGAACCUUGUUAAUGGCUGUAUAUUUUGUUUCACCUGGCCAAUGGUGUUCUGUUAGAUUUUUUAAGACUCUAGCGUUUAUGGACCGAUGAUGUUCCAGUAAUGUGUGCUUUGCUACAGGAAAGCAAUGUCCUCUAUUUACACCUCUAGAAUCUCAUUAGUGUGUGUGAACUGUUUUACGCGGAGGUGUGAAAUAAUACAGAAUAUAUAUUAUAAUAUUUUCUUUCAAAGUGGAAAGUUUUACGCAAUUCUAGAUUGUUUACAGGCAGCAGUGGGCUGAUUGGAAUUUUAGUCUGUUCAUUACAGGUGUGCUGUUCUUUAAUUAAGAGGAUUUAAGACAUGGGUUGUUUCUAUUGUUCCAUCAGCACACGACAAUACUCUGAGUAUUCGAGUCAAUCACUGUUUUGAAUAACUAUAUUAUAUUCAUGGGCUUGCAAUACAGACAUUUCCUUCAUGAGACCCAUUGUGACAAAAGUUGUCACUGAAUACUGAUUAUUACCAAUUGGUGAGGAAUUUCCCAUACUUUGACCAUAAGUGACAUCCAUGGAGAGGAUAAAGACUAGGCCUUCAGCUGGCUUAUAUAUUGGUGUUCUGGAAAAUGUUUAUUACCUGUAUGUGCCACUGGUAACACUGUUGUUCUAAAUCAAAUAUCAUUAGAUCUAUAUUAUUAUUAUUAUAUACCACCAUGGCUUUAAGACCCUGUCAGUUCUAGCUUACACAGCUCUAUAUUCUGCAUAAGCUAUCUAGAAAUGUCAUUUUAUGACAUGAAGACGUGCUACAUUGUCUAUGUUGUGCUUGCCCAAUAAUCCUCUAUAGAUGUACCUGUAAUUGUCAGUAAUCUGUCUGGACCUGGUCGUGUCUCCUUUAGCUUAGAUUUACCUUAAAUAUACCCCAAAUUAGUGUAAUUGGAUCCUUGUAGUAUUUCAGCUUUAUAUUUGUGGACAUCUCUUUGAAAAGGAAUAAAUGCCUCCUAAACACAAA